CUGAGACCACAGCAGGGGAGGAGUCUGCUGCGGUAAUAAAAAGCGGCUGCUCCUGACGGUAGUGGAAAACAGAUUUUGGAGGAGUGUCUGUGCCUGAGUGUAGUCUUCAACGGGAAUGAACUCUCUCUCAUGCAUUGUGCAUCACAUACUUUGACAAGUGGACCGUCUGUUGAAGCUGAGGGCAUUUUUGGUUCAUUUCCUUCCAACUGCACAACUUCCAAAACUUUUUUCCACCCCGAACUCUUUAAUUUAAACAGCGUAGUUUUCUAAGAUGACCUGGACGGCGAACAGUUGUUUUGUCACUCUGGCCAUCCUGUUUCUUUGGCGAGUGGAAGAAAUAGCAGAAGCCUGCAGCUGCUCCCCAGCGCAUCCUCAGCAGGCGUUUUGCAACUCAGACGUCGUUAUCAGGGCGAAGUUAGUCGGAAAGCAGGAGGUUGACGUUGGCAAUGACAUCUAUGGAAACCCCAUCAAACAGAUCAAGUAUGACAUCAAACAAAUCAAGAUGUUCAAAGGUCCCGCCCAGGAUGUUGAUGCCAUCUACACUGCUCCCUCCUCUGCAGUAUGUGGAGUGACUCUGGAGACUAAUGGCAAGGAGUAUCUUAUCACAGGCAAACUGGAGACUGACGGGACAAUGCAUGUCACACUGUGUGACUUCAUUGAAUCCUGGGAGGCCACAAGUGAUACUCAGAAGAACAGCCUGACACAACGUUAUGCAAUGGGCUGUGAUUGCAAGAUCACUCGCUGCACCGCCAUCCCCUGCAUGAUCAGCAGCCCAGCGGAGUGCCUGUGGACGGACUGGGUGAUUGAGAAGACAGUCAAUGGAGAGCAGGCCAAACACUUUGCUUGUAUCAAGAGGAAUGAUGACUCUUGUGCCUGGUACAGAGGGGCAGUGCAGCCCAAAAAGGAUUUCCUGGACAUCGAAGACCCUUAACUCCACCACUGUCCAAUAGUCUGAGGAUGUCUGCAGCUAAGAUAUACUAAGAUAUGAAUACCAAAACUACAAAUAAAUACACAAGUCAAAUUCUUAUAUUGUUUUUUCUUAUUAAGAAAGCCAUAAGGUGUGUGCUCUGUGGUGAGGUUGAAGAAAUGUUUUUAUUUGCAGGACUCAUUAUGUUUUUUAAUCAACAGUCUUAUGAAUUCAGCACUUUCAGACACUUCUACCCCUAAAUCCAAAGCACUUCCUCAUAAACCACUUCUCCCUCAGCUGAAAUAAAGGGAUAAUCAUCACAAUUCAGUAUUACUGUUCAUUGCAUUUUUGUUCUUGCGCUAUUCAUUUCCUUUUUUUAACCAAAGGUAUUGUUUAAGGUGAACAAAUAUUCUAUAAUGCAACACAUACAUACCUAUAACCCAAAGUGUAAUAAUUCAGUGAAUCUGUGUUCAUAAAUAACAUUAGCUGGCAAUCGGCACCCUGAUUUGUGACAGCAGAGCUAUCACAAGGAACGAGUGCCAUCUCUCGCCUGUCUUGCUUCAGAUUCUUUCUUGUGCUGAGUAUGCAAAACAUUUCCCCUGGGGUUUUUUGUUGUUGUUGUUUUUUUUUUUUUUUUUUUUUUUAGAGGUGUGGCAAACCCCUUUUUAGUAAGCACAAUCAGUGUGUUUGCUAAUUGUUUUCUUUAAAUAAUCCUAAAUAGACAAGAAUGCACUUUGAACACAAUUGUCACAGCAGUCAUAUUGUCUCUAAUGAAAAAUGUCUGAAAAAGAGGAUUGAAUCCUCGAUUUUGUAUUUUUUUAUAUUACAGCUCUUCUCUUUGUAAUGCUUUAGUGUAAGAACAUAUUUUAUUUAAGGAGGUUAUUUGAUUCAUCAUUCUAUUGAAAAAGCCCACAUUUUGAUACUUUUUGUGACAAAUGACACCAUUGGUAUUGUAGAAAGAGAAGACCAAAUAUGUUAACUGUAUUAGCAAAAUACACACAUUUUAUAUGCAUCAAAGGUCAAAUUGGAGGCCUAAUUGUCAACUGUCUGACUAUCCUUUAGGACAGUGAAUUAAAGAACAUAUUGUAACCAAUCACCCAUUUACUUGCAGAGCCUUUGAUAUGACCGUAAAAGUGUUGAGCAAAUGUCAUGUGACUUAAAUAAUUAAUAUGAGAGUGUAAAAAGAUUCUUCAUUUGAAACUGUAGUCAAGUAUGAUGUCUUGUGCUGGUUUCACAUGAGAUGUUUGAAAUAAUUUUUGCAUGCAUGUCCAACUGAAACAAUACUGUACAUUUGACUAUUAUAUUAAAUGCCGAACCGUG